CUUUCCGCCCUGCCCCGGCCGAAGCGGGGGCGCGCACGGCGCUGAGAGUUUUCCUCAGGCACCGCGGGGGGACACCCCGGGGGGCGGGGCCAUGGGGCGGCCCGGGUGCGAGAGGCCCCGCGGGUGACGGCGGCGCGGAAGCUGCGGCCUCUGGCAGUGGUUCUCAGGACUUCGAAGCACCUACACGUUUGAGUGCUGGCAAACCCCAUCCCUCGCCUUUAGCCUUCCUCAUUUCUGAGGCGAUGCCCAAAGUGAAGAGGAGCAGGAAGCCUCCCCCGGAUGGCUGGGAGCUGAUUGAGCCAACGCUGGACGAGCUGGAUCAGAAGAUGAGAGAAGCGGAGACUGAGCCUCACGAAGGAAAGAGGAAAGUGGAAUCCCUUUGGCCUAUUUUCAGAAUUCAUCACCAGAAAACACGUUACAUCUUUGAUCUCUUCUAUAAAAGAAAAGCUAUCAGCAGAGAGCUCUACGAAUACUGCAUCAAGGAAGGAUAUGCUGACAAAAACCUGAUCGCAAAGUGGAAGAAACAGGGUUAUGAGAACCUCUGCUGCCUGCGGUGUAUCCAGACACGGGACACCAACUUUGGAACCAACUGCAUCUGCAGGGUCCCCAAAAGCAAGCUGGAAGUGGGGAGAAUCAUUGAAUGCACUCACUGCGGAUGCAGAGGCUGUUCUGGGUGAAGCCUUUAGCCAUAAGACUACUUUUUGAACUCAUAUCUAUCAUCCUACACCAUGGACUAUUAGUGCAGUUGAAGCCACCUUCUGUGUGAUUGGGUAUUUCUGUAUAGCCAUUAAAACAGCAACGUAUUCACCUGGAUCAUACAUACAAUGGUGGUUGUUUUGGAGUAGGUUUUUGUGUAGCCAUUUAUUUUAAAAUAAAGUCUGCCCUCCUGAGAGAGUGGUGUGAUCUUCUGACAAAA